CCAUAACGUAUCGUAUAUACAUGGGUUCACACUAUAUUGUGUACAGCUUACUGUUACCGCUGAAUGCCUGACAUUGCCAGCCUUGCUGCGACACCCUAAAGCGCAUGCAAGAUAAAACCCCGUCAACCUGUAAUACCUACCAGUUCGCUUUUAGUUGAGGGGGUUGACGUGGAACAAGGCUUGACACACCCCAACGACAGACCUGCGCCUUUGGCAGCAUUUUCGACAUGGAGAUUCCACUUGAGGACAUUGCAUCUUUCUUAGCUGAUUAUGAGGAUUGGUAUUCCUGCUAUGGUGGCGAUGAGGAAGCCUUACAAGACAUGCUGGAACAGGGCAGCGUAGCGUCCUUUUACACGGCUCUUGGCUCGCUAUCUAACGGCGGAUUCGGCGCCUCGAUGGCGCUUAGUACCGACGAACCGAACGAUUUGGACCAGUCGCUUGGGUGGAUAGUCCCUGAGACUGAGGACGACUCACAGCCCAGCCACCGCCAUCCUGAAGUGGAUGAAGGAGAGGCGCCUGCGCACAAGCGGACGCGCAACGUUAUGGCCGAGUCCCUGCCCCUGAGCCCUGUGGCGGCGAAAGCCACAAAUGUGCUUCCGAGAACGAAGCCUUCAACGCGUGACAGCCGUCGUUCCCACGUGCUUCGCGCCCGGUCGCUCCCGACUAUUGAAGGAGUAUCGGGACUCCUCCGGUCCGGAGCGUCCUUCAGCGGGCCCAUUCGCGUCGCCAUCACAGUGCAGCCUGACGGCACCUCGGUCAAGCUGCGCAUCAUGCCUGCUAUCUUCCGUUUUGGCAACGUGCCGUUUCCCAUUACCCGGGCCAGCGCUGACAUCGCGGCCAUGCUUCGGGGCUCAGACUGCAGCCUCCCCCAGCAGAGCCGGAAGCUUGGGGCCUCGCAGGAUCAGGAGCAGUGCCAAGGCAUCAUGGCCCGGUCAUCUGCGCCUAAGGAGCCGCAGCAGGCGGAGGCAGAGUGCGAUGCGUAUGUACACGUUGAAGCACGCAGGUGCGCAUCUGGUGGAGAUGAUUCCGUUGACCCACUUACUACUAAGGAUCAAACCAGGUCCAAGCGCCAAGCAGUUGAUAAGGAUCUCAAAUCCAGCUUUACCUUUCCCAACGCUCUGCUCCAUUGCGUAUUCUCUUCCCUCCGAGCCAGCAGCAACGAAAGCGGCCUCCGGCCCGCAACGGUACAAGAGCUUGGCUCUGAGCUGCUGCGCUCCUCCACCGCGGAUCUGUCGCUUUUCCGGCGGUCCAUUCCCGCCGCAUUGCAUAAUGCUGUCGUAGUGGCGGGUUAUGUCCAGGCUGCAGCGCCCCCCCAUGGCUCAGAAGCCCCCACCGAGACCCACAUGAGCGUUUCCGGCGAGACUACUGCUGCGGUGCACCAGCUUGCGUCCACAAUCUUCAGCAACGUCCUGCGGGCCUCUGGAGGAGGCGCCGAAGCCGCUGAGGAGCUCUCCGGCGCGCGGGACAUCUCCUCUCCAGCAAAGCAUCAGCACGCGACACAGCGCGACAAAGUGGCAGCGGCGCAGCUCAGCCAGCCUGCAGGCGCUCCAACUGAGGAAACGCCGCGUGAUGGCGAGCUGCCUCCAGGGCAAGCGGCGAAGGCGGACGCCAACGCUGAAAACAGCCCCCUGUUCCAGGGUAUCAGCGCUGAGGUGUCGGAGUACAGCGGCCUGCCGACGCCGGCGCUAGAGCACUGUGACUCUCCCGUCACCAUUGGAGCCGUGGGGCUGGAGGAGGUGGAGGGCAGCGCUACCGACGAUGACGAGGUUUCGGGGCCUGCCUCGCAAGGCGCGGGCACUGCUGCUGCGAAGCUAGCAGCUGAGACAUCGGCGGUUGGUACUGCAACCGCCUCGCCGCGAACUAUGAGCAAGAAGGCGUACGGUACGGUGGCGCAGCUCGUGAAGAAGAUGGUACCGAACUUCCGGGACUCGGCCGUUAUGUCUAUGAUGGCGACUGAUUCGCCUCGCGACGAGCAGGCGCCCGUCGCCGACACCGAAGCAUCGGUGCAGAUUGCUGCCCGCAGCGUUGAGGAGGCGGAGCCAUGUCCAACAGCUGAGCAGCCGGUCGUGGAACAGGCAAGUGCUGAUCCUAGCUGCGGUGAGGAGGAGGCAGUCGGAGCCACGGACGAGGGCCAGGGCGUUGAGCAGCUGCCGGAUACGUAUGAGCAGGAGACGAAGUGCGUUGCGGCACCCACUGCUGCAGCCCAAGUGCCAGAUGGCUUGACUCCCUCGCAGCCUGGGGACUGCGGAACGGCCCUUCCUGCCGCGCAGCAGGAAGAGCACACCGACAGCAAGCAGGCUGACGAAACACCGUCUCCUCCAGGUGACCAGUUUGCUCCAGGCAUGUUCAUCUUUGGCCAAGAGCAGCCAAAGCCCGCCAAGCACCCCAUCAUCAAGCCUCGCCCCGUUUCCGCCAAGGCCGCUGCGGUAGCAACUGCCAGUGACCCGGUCGCAGCUGUCGACGUAGGGCGUAAACGCAAGGCUGACGCGGAGGUGUUGCCCUGCGCCAAGAUGGCGACACCCAACGACAAGGCCGACGCUGAAACCACACAGCCCCAGGCCGAAACCGCGCCCGAAACCGCCGUCGCCAGCACCCCCGAGGCCGCCUUGGUUCCCGCCAGCCAGGCACCUCUGGAUCAGCCGCAGGAGCCGAACUGCACGGCAAACGACGAGGCCCCGCAUGAAGAGGCGCCCGAGGCAACUGCUGUUGAGGCGCGCUCUGUCGACCCGGCGUUGGUCACAGAGGAGGUCGCUGCGAUGUCGUCCACGACCGAUGGUACGGCAGCGACUGAGGCCGCAGAACCUGUGAAGGUCAAGGAUGUUGAGAUUGUGGUAACAGAGGAGCAGGAACCGCCUCUGGAGACGGUGACAAUGCCGCCAGCCAGCGGGAAGGACAAGAAGAAGCUGGGCCUCUUUAGGUUUUGUGGCUGCUUCCGGGCGUAAUGGAAUACCUGGUAGGCCGCUGUUGUUUAAUUUGGGGUUGAGUUGUGACGUGACGUACUUGAGCGUUUGGGAGCACAGGGUAAUGCGCCGACAAAGGCGUUAGUGGGGACGUGUUACGUUACUCGUUGGACGUUUCCAGCAUCGUUUUGAGGGUGACGUGAGCAGAUAUAACGAGUUGUGGACUGCUAUUGGGCCCAUUGGUCCUUUCGAAUGUCAUGCUGACAACAGAAGCUUGCUCUAGCCCUUCCAACGGAAAGAUGUUAGCAUCUCAGCCGCAUCUAGCAUUGCAGCCAUUCGCGACGUGAUUGUUGGUGCAUAUGAAGGUCGCCAACGUGGCUCUCUACCAUAGAUGGAGGUGUAAUUGCUCGUAACGUGAAUGCGUGAUAGUGUUUUGCCAGCACUAGGCGAUCCCUUGAGGCAGAACUCGGCUGCGUGUGGCAGUCAACUGGUUGACGGUGAAUCGUAUUACGCGUGCAGGCUGCACCGAGGGCGAUCCUGGUCCAUGGCCCAUGGGUCGGUCUGGGGGUGUCAACAACUCGUGGCCAUCCGCAUGAAUAUGCAACAAGCUAUUAUGCGCCAUCGGUUAUGGCGUCGUGCCUGGGGCUAUGCAACGCAAGCCCUGCAUGGCCACGAAUGAGUGGCGGGCUGGCGGCUGUGCAUGGGAUUGGAACGUGUGGCUGUACGGUGGCUGUGAGACCGUGAGCGUUCCGGAUACUGGUAAAUGUCGGGGAUGGACCGGGCUAGAGCAGCUGAGUGCAAGGGAAACUGAGGUCGUCUUCUAUUUAGGCAUUGAAGGGGCCGCAUCGUCAGGUUAUAGCAGGUAUCGCAAGGGCGAAGCUUGGAGACUGCAGCGUUCUGGUACUGAUAUCGUUCUGUUAGAAUGGGUACGAAAUAGGUAUCUUACCAGGGUCAAUGUAAUUCUCUUACAGGAAUGCAGGCGGGUGACAUUGCAGCAAGGAACCCCAAAUUACGGGCAAUAGAAGUACGACAUACCCAUCGUAAGAUCAUUGUACGAGCAUCUCACC